CGAAUUUAUCACCGUGAAAAGUUGUUUUGUUUUGAUUCGUGAAAAUUUGAUGGAAAAUUUCUGAUGAGAUGAAAUCUCCGGUGAAGUAAAUUAGCUCCAAUUAUUCUACGAAGUACUUAUUUUUCAACAUUACUGGAUAAAUUAUUCGGAGGAUUUUAAAUUGAGAUGGAGAUCGACGACGAUGUUGAAUUGAUCAAACAGAAGGUUUUGAAAGAAAUCAAACCGAUAAAUUUCGAAGACGAGUUGGAUAUCGAUGACAUCUUGGGACAAAAAUUAGUCGAUCAUAUUCUACCCGAUGAUCCUCCCAUCCUUGAAACGAUUCCGGUUCCGGUGGCAUUAAGGACCACUGAGAUCACUCCAAACUCUCCAAAGGAAACUGUUGAGAACACCGUGUGUCACGUCUGCUCGAAGAAUUACACCACUUCUCGAAAUCUCAAGAAGCACUUUGCCAAGCAUACCGGUCGAUAUUUCUGUCCAGUUUGCAAAAAAAUUUUCGCCAGGAAAGAAACUCAGCUGAAACACAUUCCUCGAUGUAAAAAUAAAUCAAUAAAUGACUCAAUGGAAAAACGGAAGAAGUCUCAAAAAACUGUUUUCGUAGAAUGUUGUAAAUAUUAUUGUGAGGAAUGUAGCAAAAGUUUCACUCGAAGAGAAAAUUACGAUCAUCACAUGAUGAUCCAUCAAGGAGUUCAAGUCGUUUGUGAAUUUUGUCAAAAACGACUCAGCAGUUUCAAAUCGUAUCAAAGGCACAAAAAACUUCACGAACAUCCUCAGCAGAAAAUCUCCUGCGAAGAUUGCCCUACUAAAUUCUCAUUGAAAUCAAACCUUCGAAGACAUAUCAAGCUAUGUAAACAUAAGAGUGAAAAAAUUUGUAUCAAGUGCAACAGCAAAGUUAAAACUGAAACCAUUUUAGAGAAACAUCGUUGCCAAGAUACCAUUUACUCGUGUUCAUUAUGCUCUCAAGUGUUUUGCUUCGAAGUAAAUCUUCGAAGUCAUUUGAAAAAAGAGCAUCCGAACUUAUGGUUCAAGUGUAAACGAUGUCCAAAUACAUCUUUCAUGACUCGAGCAACAAAAAACUUACAAGAGCACGUGAAGAAAUUACAUUCCAUUCAUCUUGAUUUUAACGAAUGUUUUCAAGAAGGGUGGUUCAUUUUACUGCCAAAUUAAAUUAAGUUCCUAUAAACUACCAAGUCAUUCCAUUUGUGCUAUUUUCAUGUUUGUGUUUAAAGUAGUAGUCUUUUUUAUUUCUAUUUAAAGAUAUUCGUUUCAUUCCUCUACGAUUAAGUACGUAAUCAAUCAUAUUUAUUUAAACAAUGUUUUUUUAUUUUUCAUAAUAAAAUCUUAAAUUUUUA